AUGGCUUCUCCAUGGAAGAAGCUCAUCUCAAGCUUUCUACUAAUCUUAUCGGUCACCAUUAUCAUCAUUGAUGCCUUAUCAGAAUCACCGUGUCGGCGUUACACAUCUAUCAUCAGCUUCGGUGAUUCCUGCGCCGAUACCGGAAACUUUAUCCGUCUCUCCGACGUCAAUCCUCCUCCUCAAGCUCUAUCUCUCCCUUACGGCGAAACAUUCUUCCACCAUCCCACCGGCCGUUACUCCGAUGGCCGUCUCAUCAUCGACUUUAUCGCCGAAUUCUUGGGACUACCGUAUGUACCACCUUACUUCGGAUCCCAAAAUGUGAGCUUUGAUCAAGGGAUCAAUUUCGCGGUGUAUGGAGCAACAGCAUUGGAUCGUGAGUUUCUUGUAGAAAAAGGAAUUGAAUCUGAUUUCACCAAUGUUAGUUUAAGUGUUCAGCUUAACAUCUUCAAGCAGGCUUUACCUAGCCUCUGCGCCACGUCUUCUCGUGAUUGCAGAGAGAUGCUUGGAGACUCGCUGAUACUUAUGGGAGAGAUUGGUGGCAAUGACUAUAAUUACCCGUUCUUCGAAGGCAAAAGCAUUAAUGUAAUCAAAGAGCUAGUUCCUCUAAUCAUCAAAGCUAUUUCUUGUGCCAUUGUGGAUUUGAUCGAUUUGGGGUGCAAAACAUUUCUAGUACCCGGAAACUUCCCUUUAGGAUGUUCCGCGGCUUACCUUACUCUAUUUCAAACCGCGGAAGAACAAGAAUACGACCCUUUCACAGGUUGUCUCCCACGGCUCAACAAAUUCGGAGAGUACCACAACGAACAUCUCAAAUCAGAAGUCAAACGACUUCAAAUACUCUACCCUCAUGUCAACAUCAUUUAUGUUGAUUACUACAACUCACUGUACCGGUUUUUCCAAGAACCAGCCAAAUACGGGUUUAAGAAGAGACCUUUGGCUGCUUGUUGUGGAGUCGGAGGUAAAUACAACUUCACUAUUAAUAAAGAGUGUGGAUACGAAGGAGUUAGCUAUUGCCAAAAUCCUUCUGAGUAUGUGAAUUGGGACGGUUAUCAUUUAACCGAAGCCGCGUACCAAAAGAUGGCUCAGGGUAUACUCAACGGUCCCUAUGCAACUCCUGCUUUCGACUGGUCUUGCCUUGGUGUUGAAUCAGAGGAUAAAGAGUAUUUUUCUAGCAAUUGA